AUAAGAUCUAGUAGUUUAUCACAUUGACAAUCGUAGCUCAUUUAAAUAUUCUCAGUUUAAGCACUCAACAGUUUAAUACAAACUUUUUUAAACAAUACUAUACUACCACACAUAAACAGAUAAACAUACAAGUUAAAAGGAAAAAAAUGAGUUUUCAUUUGGCUGUGUCCAUGGAGAAGCCGGUGCAGCACCUGGCGUUAAGUGAUUGGAUGGCCCGAGUGGAUCGCCUUCGGAAUGUGGCGAAUGCUCGUCGAGCUGACGCCUUUUCCACACGGAAUUCUUCCCGAAUGCUACGCAAUGAGACGCUCAUCGAGGGCAACUGGGCGAACUACGAAUCGAAAGAGGCGCUGAAUGUUCGCAUUGCUGAACUGGAUCAUUGGCGGGAUCUUAUUGCUAAAACAUUUGGACGCCUUGAGCUCGAAAUUGAGGCAUUGCGGGAGGAGAAGAAAGCCGCUGAGAGUGAGCUGGACUCGCAGAUUCGUCCCUUAGCGGUGAUUAGCAAGGUGAUGUCGAUACGGGACGGUCGUCUUAUACCGGAGACUACACACGAUGCUCCCGAUACAGAGAUCAAAAAUGAAUUAUACAUAUUGGAGAACAAUCAACGAUUGCUCGUGGAUCGCUGCCAAAAGGCAUGGGAGAAGUUGCUUCGCCUUGAGCAGGUGCGUUUUAAGAUCACCAGAGAGCUGGCCAACAAACAGGAUACUGAGGAUAUGGACAGUGCAUUAGUGGCUCUUGAUCGCAAUUCAGCUAAAAUAUCCUACAAAACGGAUCCGCUGCGUAAUCCCAGAGAAUGUUCUUCAUAUGAGCACUGGCUGGAGCAUGCGAAGAACAUGAAACAGCUGGCCGAGAACGAAUUGGCAGACACGGCUGCCUUAAGGGAUGCGCUGUUCGUAUGCCGCCAAAAAUCCCGUGAUUUAUUGGAAGCCCAGCGGGAACGCACUGAAUACAGCUUACGUAAGCGCAUUUUUCUGACUCAACAAGCUCACAACGAGUUGGAGUGGCAGCAGCUCAAGAUGAAGGAAGAAAUAAAGGAUCUUGCAUGUGAGAUUCAGUCGCUGGAAGAUGCUCUACUUAGCAAGGCAAAGAUUCUGCAAUUGGCCGAAACGCGACUGGAAACUCGUGCCAUGCGUUGCGUCACAGAGUUGUGUCUGGAUGAUCCACACAAUUUGCUCUGCAAGGAGGUGGAGAAGAUAGAAGAAAUAAAGAAAUGUCUCAAAAACCAAAUAGACGAUGCCAAGGCAAACUUUAAUCUACUUUCGGAUCAUGCUAAAAAGAUUGAUGAAGAUUUGGAGCACAAGAAGCACUCGCUGAUGAUUGACACUGAAGCUCUUCAGUUGCAUGAAACUCUCAACGAGGAGGAAUUCGCAAUUCUGAAGGAUCACAAUCCCUGUGAACUGACCGAUCGUAAUAUCGAGCUCACGCGCGUUGAAGUCGAUCCUCGCAAAUGAACGCAAAAUGUCAUCCAUAUUAUGCGACUCAAUUAUUCAAAAUUUUGAGAAUUUCACAUAUAAAUCGCCUUUCCACUCUUUUACUUUCACACCAUAUGUUUAAAGCUAAAGAAUUAUGCUGUAAAUGUCCUCAAUGUCGAAUUUUAAUGAUUUACUUCAAACACCAAAUAAAUCACGAUUGACAUAUGGAGCUAUAA